UAUGAACGAGUACACAGUGAAGGCGAAAGAAACGUUUGAAACUGACAAGCACAAAGGAGUACCACCCGAGAAGCAAGAUGAUCGUGAACGCAAGAAUCCUGUGUCUCAGCGCCGUCAUGGUCUGCAUGGCGGUGCAAGUUAUGGCCGUUCCUUUGGGCGCGGCACCACCUGGCUUUGCUCUUCCCAAGUGCCCAGAGGCGACUAACUACGGCUUUUUGAUCUUCGCACGACUAAGAAACCCGUGCAAGUACUUAUGCCAAGGAUAUCCCAUACGCUUUGAGGCCGAAGACAACGGAACACCAUGCACAACUAAAAAGGUAUUCAACGGCGAAUGCCUAAAUGGCAAGUGCGUCGCCGUGCUGCCGCCACCACCGCCAGCACCCGCCCCUGAGCCCGCACCAGCUCCCGCACCUGCGCCUGAGCCUGCACCCGCCCCAGCUCCCGAACCAGCACCUGCCCCAGCUCCCGAACCCGCUCCUGCUCCAGCACCCGCACCAGCCCCCGCACCAGCCCCCGCACCAGCCCCCGCACCAGCCCCCGCACCAGAACCUGCUCCUGCUCCUGCCCCAGCACCGGCUCCAGCCCCAGCACCGGCUCCAGCCCCAGCACCGGCCCCUGCCCCUGAGCCUGCACCAGAAGAACCUGCACCUGCACCAGCUGCGGAAGAAACUGCGGCAGCUGAAGAGCCUGCACCUGCCGAAGAGCAGCCCGCUGCCGAGCCAGCUGCCCCCGCGGAAGAAGCCGCACAAGAAACCGAGGAAGCCGCACCUGAACAAGCACCAGAGCAGCCCGCUGAAGAAGCUCCCGUUGAGGAGGCCACCGCUGAAGAGCCUGCAGCUGAAGAGCCAGCCGCCGAACAGCCCGCUGCUGUAGAGCCAGCCGCUGAGGAGCCCGCUGUAGAGGAGGCUGCUGCCGAAGAGGCUGCUGAGGAGACGGAUCAGGAGGUUGUUGAGGAAGCCGCUGAAGAAGCCGCCGAAGCAGCUGCAGAAGAAGCUGCUGAAGAACCCGCAGAAGCAGCUGUAGAACAAGACUCAGAAGCACCAGCUGAAGAAACCGCAGAGGCGGAACAGCCCGCGGAGACUGCUGAGCCGGUGGAAGAGGCUGCUCCCGAGGCAUCUGCCGAUGACGCCACAGCAGAAGGAAGUGAAGAUGCAGCCGCCGACAGUGAAGAUGCGGCGUGAACAAUACAUGUAGUUUAGAAAAUUAAAAUAAUAAAUUUGCAUAUGACACAGUACCUAAAAAAUGUCCGGAAAGCAAUUUUCCCUGCUCCAUUGUUCAACGGCGCCAUAACAUGUUUAGGACGAGAAAGAAAUUAUUCCUUAAUUUAAUGUUUACAGAACCGCAUUACGAAACUUACAUGAAAAGUCAUUUCUACUCCGCGUAGUAACUACGUAAAAUUCCUUUGUAUAACUUCCGACUUUCUGCUAGUCUAGUCAACCCAAUCGCUUCAUAUGUAUUUAUGCCCUCUUUCUGCAAUGUGCGCCUUUUAAACCUGCAAACGCAGGCCUGAAGACAAUUAAGAAGCGUGUGAAUAAACAGUUGCAAUUCUA